AUGAGUUCAAAUUAUUCUAGAAGAUUAAUUCUUAAUCCUGUCAAAGAAAAUGAUUAUCAAAUCAAAGGUAUCGUUUUUGAUAUGGAUGGAACAUUAUGUGUAGCUCAAACUUGGAUGUUUCAGGAAAUGAGAGAUGCUUUAAAUAUUACCAAGAAAAUUGAUAUUAUAGACCAUUUAAACUCUAUUGCUGACGAAAAUGUUAAAUUCGAGAGUCAUUACAAAAUCUUCAAAAUUGAAGAAAAAGCAAUGAAUGAAAUGAAACCUCAAAAUGGGUUGUUUGAACUAAUGAAAUUUUUAGAUAAAAAUGAUAUAAAAAAGACAAUUUGUACGAGAAAUAAUAUGACUCCAGUUAUUCAUUUCAAAUCAAAAUUUCUAAAUGAUACUAAAUUGAAUGAACCAAUUAUUACAAGAGAUUUUUUUCCUCCUAAACCAUCACCAAAACCCAUUCUUCAUAUCGCUGAGAAAUGGGGCAUAAAUCCUAAAAACUUGAUAAUGGUUGGUGACUCAUUGGAUGAUAUGAGAGCAGGAGCAAAUGCAGGUUGUGGAACAAUUCUUAUUUCUUCUGAUGCUAAUGAGCAUUUGAAAACAAUUCCAGAAACCGAUUUUGUUAUUGAUUCUCUUUUUGAAAUAAUUCUGAUAUUGGAGAAUGGAUUGAACGUUAAAGACAAAAGCAGUCUGAACGUAAUUUAA